GUUGUUGUGGUGGUGUUUGUGGUGGUUGUUGUGGUGGUGGUUGUGAUGGUGUUUGUGGUGGUUGUUGUGGCAGAGUUGGUGUGGACCCAGACCAGGAUCUGCAGAUGAACAGUGACAACUUCCAACCACUGCAUUCGCAGAACGAGGGAGGCAGCCGGACCAAGAAUGAGAGUGCGUGGCUCUUCCGCAUGUGGUACAUCUUCGACCACAACUACCUGAAGCCGAUCCUCACCCACUCGGGGCCCCCGCUCACCUCCACGCUGCCACGCUGCUGCGCCCCCCUCGCACGCUGCCUCACCAGCCCCCACGCAUACGAGAACCAGGAGCAGCUGGGCACCGGCACGGGCGGCGACGACGACUCGGUGCUGAUCCUGGGCGGCGACGGCGACCUCAUCCUCACCGCCGGCAACGCCAACGGGCCGGCCCCCGCCGCCCCCGCCGGCACGGCCAUCGCCGCCUCCGGCACGGCCAUCGCCGCCGCGUCCACCGCGUACCCCGCACGGCCCUCCACCGCCCACCUCUACAACCGGCGCCAGCAGCAGCAGCAGCAGCAGCAGCGGCGGCCGGGGUCGGGGCCGGGGUCGGGGUCGGGGGCCGCGUCCCCCGAGGAGGCGGCGCUGGAGGAGGGCGACCUGGGGGAGGGCGCCGGCGCCGUGGCGCGCGGCACGCGCCUCGUGCUGCACUCGCCCAGCGGCGCCGACGACGAGGACGGCGCCGGCGGCUACCACGCGCUCGCCUGAGCGCCGUCGCCGCGGCGACCGUAGCCACGGCGACCGCCGUCGUCGCGAGCGCCGUCACGAGCGCCGUCGUCGCCACGGCGACCCCCGCCGUGGCUCGGGUCGGCCGACCGACGGCUUUGCACUCCGCCCGCCGGCCCCGUCGUCGCCGUCGGCUUCGUCAUCAUUGUCGUCAGCUGACCGAUGACGUCAUUGCAGUCGUCAGCUGGCCGGUGACGUCAUCGACCGGCUGGCCGGUGACGCCAUCGGCCGGCCGGUCGAUGGCGUCGUUGUCGUCGGCCGAUGGACGAUGUCGCCGUCAUCGUCGUAGUCGUCAGCUGACCGAUGACAUCACGCUGCACUUGCCUGCCGAGGGCACUCGAGCCUGAUCAUCGUCGUCAUGGUGAUCAUCGUCGUCAUGGUGAUCAUCGUCGUCAUGGUGAUCAUCGUCGUCAUGGUGAUCAUCGUCGUCAUGGUGAUCAUCGUCGUCAUGGUGAUCGUCAUCGUCAUCGUCGUCGCCUAGUAACGUUACCGGAAUGCCGACAUCAUCGUCGUCGUAUUCGUCAUCACCAUCGCUUGGCGAACAGCAUCAUCAUCAUCGUCAUCGCAUCUUCGGCGAUGACAUCAUCGUCAUCGCAUCUUCGGCGAUGACAUCAUCGUCAUCGCAUCUUCGGCGAUGACAUCAUCGUCGUCGCAUCUUCGGCGAUGACAUCAUCGCCGUCACAUCUCCGGCGAUGACAUCAUCGCCGUCACAUCUCCGGCGAUGACAUCAUCGCCGUCACAUCUCCGGCGAUGACAUCAUCGCCGUCACAUCUCCUGUGAUGACAUCAUCGCCGUCACAUCUCCGGCGAUGACAUCAUCGCCGUCACAUUUCCUGUGAUGACAUCAUCGCCGUCACAUCUCCGGCGAUGACAUCAUCGCCGUCACAUCUCCUGUGAUGACAUCAUCGCCGUCACAUCUCCUGUGAUGACAUCAUCACCGUCACAUCUCCUGUGAUGACAUCAUCGCCGUCACAUCUCCGGCGAUGACAUCAUCGCCGUCACAUCUCCGGCGAUGACAUCAUCGCCGUCACAUCUUCGGCGAUGACAUCAUCGCCGUCACAUCUCCUGUGAUGACAUCAUCGCCGUCACAUCUCCGGCGAUGACAUCAUCACCGUCACAUUUCCUGUGAUGACAUCAUCACCGUCACAUUUCCUGUGAUGACAUCAUCGCCGUCACCCCGACACCGUUGUGACGGUGAUGGUAGUGGCGGCGAUGGGUUCGUGACGGUUGUGAUGAUGGUGGUGGUGGUGGUGGUGGCUGUUGUCACGGUUGUGGCGGUGGUGGUGACGGUUGUGGCGGUGGUGACGGUUGUGGCGGUGGUGGUGGUGGUGGUGACGGUUGUGAUGAUGAUGAUGAUGGUGGUGGUGGUGGUGACGGUUGUGAUGAUGAUGGUGGUGGUGGUGGUGGUGACGGUUGUGAUGAUGAUGAUGGUGGUGGUGGUGACGGUUGUGAUGAUGAUGAUGGUGGUGGUGGUGACGGUUGUGAUGAUGAUGGUGGUGGUGGUGGUGACGGUUGUCAUGGUUGUGGCGGUGGUGGUGGUGGUGAUGCCUGUGUCUUGCCACUUUAAUCUGCAGUCCGUGUGGUCGCCGUGGUUUUUGCGGCCGCCGCCGCCGCCGUCGUCGUUGUGUUUUGAUUUUGCGCGGUUUCCCGCCGAGCGAACCGUCGCGUAAUUUAUGAUCGCGGUGAAUUCUUGCGUCCCUCCGUUGCGUUCUGUUGCGCCGCGUUGCUGCGGUGCGUUGCAUCGUCGCGUUGCGUGCGUUGCGUGCGUUGUUGAGUUGCGUGCGUUGCGUGCGUUGUUGAGUUGCGUUGUUGCGUGCCGCAUAGCGUGCGUUGUUGAGUUGCGUUGUUGCGUGCCGCAUAGCGUGCGUUGUUGAGUUGCGUUGUUGCGUGCCGCGUUGCGUUGUUGAGUUGCGUUGCAUUCAGCAGACACUUUGCGCUGUCUGACCCCUCGCAAUCCUCCCGACCACCCCCACUACCCCCCCCCCCCCAAAAAAUACAACAACAACAACAACCGUGUAGCACUGAUGCCAUUGCCACCAUCGCUGCUACCAUCACCACUACCACCAUCACCACCACCACCACCACCAUCAUCACCAGCAUGUGCAUCGCUACUACCAUCACCACCACUAUCAAUACUAUCACCACAAUCAGUACCACCGCCACCACCACAACAACCACGCACGACUGAUGCCAUCACCAUCGCCAUCACUACUACCAUCACCACUACCAUCACCACUACUAAUACCAUCAUCACCAUCAUCACCAUCACCACAAUCAGUAUCAACAUCAAAACAACCACGCACCACCAUCAUCAUCAUCACCAUCAUCACCAUCAUCACCACAACCACUAUCAACACUACAACAACUAAAACAACCACGCACCACCAUCAUCAUCAUCACCAUCAUCACCAUCAUCACCAUCAUCACCACAAUCACUAUCAACACCACAACAACCAAAACAACCAUGCACCACUGAUGCCAUCACCACCACCAUCAUCAUCACCGCAAUCAAUACCACCAUUAUCAGCACCUAUGAAGGCUGCCAUCACUGUGACACACACAGAGGGGGGGGGGGGGGUGGGUGGCCAGCACCACGCCCGGCCGCCUUUGUCUCUCCCCCAGUGCUAGCGAUGUUUGCACACCGCGCCAGGUACUCAUUUGAGGCUCAGUCGACUUAGGGGAGGGGCCCAGGACCGGUUCAGAUAACCGCAAUCACAGGUUUGUGCAGGUGGUCCAAUUCAGAUGAUCACAAUCACAAAUUUGUGCAGGUGGUCUCCGUGAGAGGGAAUCAAACUCGUCUCUGCUGGGUUCAUCGCGCUAACUGCUGCACCGCCGCUCUUCACAAAUUACCCAAACCCCCUCUCCCACCCCUGAGCUCUGCCGUCCUCUAUAUAUAUAAACUGUAAUCUACUACUUUUCAAUGUGACUAGGUAAGGCCCACAGAGUUAAAUAGCUUUUUUCCAUGAAAGGUGUUAGCGCCCCGAGUCAUGACGGGGGGGGUCUGCCUAGUUGUUGUGUGCGCGGGAGAAAACCCAGCACGUGCGAGGGGAGAACGCUCGAUCCCCGUUACAGAUGUAACAGAUGGAGAUUAGUCCACUCUCUGCUGUACCGCAAUCUCUGUGCAGAGCGGGGGCGUAGAGCCAUACGCCCACCCACGUGAAGUGAGAUGUAACAGAUGGAGAUUAGUCCGGUGGGAAAACCACCACCCGUGCCGUGCUGGCCCCACGCUGGCUCGGGUGUGUCCAGUGGGAAGACCACCACCCGUGCCGUGCUGGCCCCACGCUGGCUCGGGUGUGGCAGUGGGAAAACCACCAACCGUACCGUGCUGGCCCCACGCUGGCUCGGGUGUGGCAGUGGGAAAACCACCACCCGUGCCGUGCUGGCCCCACGCUGGCUCGGGUGUGGCAGUGGAAAACCACCACCCGUACCGUGCUGGCCCCACGCUGGCUCGGGUGUGGCAGUGGGGAAACCACCACCCGUGCCGUGCUGGCCCCACGCUGGCUCGGGUGUGGCAGUGGGAAGACCACCACCCGUACCGUGCUGGCACGGGUGUGCCAGUGCAAAAGGCGUCGCAGUGAGGCUCCGAUAAAUGAAGAUCAUCAUCACCACCGUCAUCGCCACCGUCAUCACCACCAUCAUCACCCUUGGUAACACUGACCCCCCUGAUUGAACCCUGAGUGAGGAUGGGGCGACGUUGCACCGUUCAAACCACCCCACUGGGUCGUGCCCGUGUUGACCCCAUAGAUUGAGGUCAGGGGUUGAAGGUCUUGGGGGAGGAUGUUGAUGUCCAUCCCCACCCCCCGUUUAUUGCCAAAUGAUGUCGCGUGGUUCGUUGUGUUUGUGUGCGCGUGUACUUUAAACUUCUUUUGCACCGUGCGUAGCCAGCCGUGCUAAUUGGAGGGUGAGUGGGUGGUUGGGUGAGUGAGUGAGUGGGUGAGUGGUCGGGUGAGUGGGU